AUGAGUAAAAUCGCAAGGUCCGUCAAGAACGUGACAAAGGGCUACAGCCAGGUCGAAGUCAAGGUCCGGAAUGCCACCAGCAACGAUCCAUGGGGCCCUGUGGGCUCCGACAUGGCUGAGAUUGCCCAAAUCACCUUCAAUAGUUCGACCGACUUCUACCAGGUAAUGGACAUGCUGGACAAACGACUCAACGACCGAGGCAAGAACUGGCGCCACGUCCUCAAAUCGCUCAAAGUGCUCGACUACUGCCUGCACGAGGGCUCAGAGCUCGUUGUUACCUGGGCGCGCAAGAAUAUCUACAUCAUCAAGACAUUGCGCGAAUUCCAACACAUUGAUGAGGAUGGCCGUGACGUUGGCCAGAAUGUGCGAAUGGCAGCCAAGGAGUUGACUUCGCUCAUUAUGGACGAAGAACGAUUACGCGCCGAGCGAGCCGACAGGAAGUCGUGGAAGUCGCGAGUUACGGGCAUUGAGGAAUAUCCUGGAGGCGGACCCCAGGGUGUAGAUCAUGAUGCGCAAAGGCGCCAGCGGAACGGCGAACAGCGUCGUAACCGUAGAACAGAAGAAGAGGACAUAGAGCUUAGACUAGCCCUUGAGGCUAGCAGGAACGAGGCCGAGGAAGAGAAGAAGCGUCGAGAACGCAGCGCGAGGGCCGAUGAGAAUGAUGAUGACCUGGAGAAGGCGAUCAAGUUGAGUAAAGAGGAAGAGGAGUUGCGCCGCAAGGAGCUCGAGCAAACCAAUGCCGACCUGCUUUUCGGAGAGACUACCGCCCAGCCAAGUAUCUACCAGCCCACCGGAAACAAUCAGGGUUAUCAGCAGCAGGGUCAGGUUGACUGGUUUGGCAACCUUGUGGAUCCAAAUCAGCAGCAGCAGCAACCCCAGAACACUGGUUUCCUCAACAGUGCAUACGCUCAGCCUACUGGAAUGCAGCCCCAGCAGACGGGAUUCCAGAACGGGUAUGGGGGCUAUGGAGGUUUCCAACAGCAGCCACAACCGACAGGUUUUGAUCAGUUUGGCGCUCAGCAGCAACAGCAAUAUUUGCAACCUCAGCACACUAUUCAGCCCCAGCAAACCGCUUUUACUAACAACCCAUAUGGCCAAUUUGGCGGAUUUGGAGACAUGAGCCAGCAGCAGCAACCGCAGCAAGACCAGAACACACUCCAGCCUGGCAGCCACAACCCAUGGGCUAGCAACAAGACCCAGGAAUCCCUGAUGCCGCAGCCGACCGGCUCCAACAACCCAUUCGCGCAGUCUUUCAACCGACCGCAGCCAACGCAGUCCUUCACACAGCCGACGCUGAACACGCUAAGUGAGCAAAAGACUCAGACUCAGUUCAACACACCGUCCUUCAGCCCUCAGCCAUCAUUCUCUCCACAGGCAACACCACAGCCGCAGCAGCAACAGCGACCACAACCACCGCAGAAGGAAAUGGACCCAACCGCUGCCCGACUCAACGCACUCUUGGCAACCGGAGAGGGUCAAGACACUUUUGGCAAUGUAGGAAACAUGCGUAUUCCCGCUCAACACACUGCGCCAGGAACGUUUGUCAACUCAGCCGGCGCGGGUUUGAAUAAGAUCAACGCAAAUGCCACUGGAAAUAACCCCUUCUUGAACUCGCAGUUCACAGGCAUGCCUCAACAAAACCGCUUGAUGCCUGCACAGACUGGACCAGCGAGCAACUUUGGUGCCAACCCGUACGGCAAUGCCAAUCCGUUCGAGAAGCCAGUCAUGGAUCGGCGCGCGGCACCCAGACGGAAGAGAUUAAUACUAGCAGAUGAGGUUGAGCCUCACGAUAACAGAUCGAAGAGAUCUCGCACAUGCGAUACUGUCAGCGAUGCAGUACCAGAGAGUCCGACGUCAUGCCCCAGUCCUUUGAACCCGCCCGUUCGAACCGGCCUUGCGACACCAGAGCCCAGCAACUUGUCCGAAUGCGAAGCUGCGCCAUCAUGCCCGACGGUCGACGACAUCCUCGGAUCCCCUUUUCCAUUCAUGAAGCUUCCCGCCGAACUUCGCAUCCACAUAUACCACAUGGCGCUCGUACGCGAGGAACCGCUCCUCCUCCAUGCUGACCGUGCCCCCGAGAAGCCUGACGAAGACGAGUUUCCUCCUGCGCCAGCGCCCGUUUUACGUAGAGUGUGGUUUCAUGGGCCCGAGCAGCGACCAUACUUGAACCAGCGGGGCAGAGGCCAGAGUCCAGGACCGGAGCGCAUUCCGCUUAGCGACCCCAUCAUCCCAGAGAUUUUGCGAUUGAAUAAGCAGAUAUACAAGGAGGCGCGGCAGGUUCUCUACAGCGACAACGUGUUUACACUCAGCUUGACAAGCGGCAUACACACACUUUCGACGCUGCACCAGCGCUCCCGCAGCCUCAUCAAACACGUCGUUCUUACAAUACCUUCGCACCACGAUAUCCUCGAUGGCUUCGCCGACCUCGUCCGCUUGGGCCUGCGAUACUGCUGGGGUCUCAAGACUUUCAAAAUCAUCCUACAAGCCAGCCUACCCGACGACGGGAGAAUGACGGGCGCAACGAGCGUAUACGCAAAUGCGUUUCAUAUACUGAGAUGGCUGCCGCGCGGCUGUAAUGUAGGCCUCGAAGGCAACGUCAGCGAUACGGUUAAGAAGGUUGUGGCUGAGGAAGGCAGACUACAGGCUGUGCUUGAUGAGGCGAGUUAUCUAAAGAGACAGCAUCAGAUGCCUGAGCGACACUAG